GUACAAUAUCUGGAUAUUGAUAUUAUAUUUUGUCUACCCUAUUGUGGAAUGGUAACUCCCGAAAGAGCCUUUUCAAAACAUGGCCGAAAAGAAGUGAGAAGCGGCGUUGGUUCUGUUCAUUUCAAGUUUAUCGCUUUCACCUUGCUUCUAACCUAGGAUUAUACUGGACAGGUAAAUUUUGAGAAAGAUGGACCUUGACCAGACCCAGGCCAUUAACUGGGACCAGUACGAGGACUCUACUGAUGAUGAACUGGACACUGAUCCUAAACCUGUGGCCCACCUGAAGGUGAUGUGUCAGAGAGGGUUUCCUGAAACUCUCUUUCCAAUCCACCAAGGAGACAACCUGAUUGGCCGUAGUGACACAUGUAAUGUUCAUGUUCCUCUAACGUCACUAUCAAAGAAGCAUGCCUGUAUCGAGGUUCGAGGAGACACCCACUUCAUCUACGACUGUGGGAGUAGAAACAGAACCAGGCGCGGAGAAAAGCUGUUCCUGGUGCCGAACCAGCGAUACGAGCUGCAGCACGGUGUGAAGCUGUACUUUGCCGAUGUCAGCUGUGAGUACGUCAGGGAAGAACAGCCUGCUGUCCAGGAGUCUGCUGACGACUCAGGUUCAGAGACAGGCUCCGAGUCUUUGUUCACCGGACUGUCAGAAGAGCAGCAGCCAGACAACGACAAGCCUAAUCAGAUUCCCAAGACCCCGGCCGGGCCCACCUUAGAACAGACUCGCCUGUAUGUGGAGGAGUCUGACAGUGAUGGGGAGGGGGGCGGCAGGAAGAGCAUCAACACGAGCGACUUCAUCGUACAAGACUCACAACCUACUCCACAACCUGGCAAACUGGCUAUUCCCUUAGUAUUUGGCACUCCUGAAAAGGAAGAGAACCCCGUUCAGAAGUCAUUUGCCAUCCUUGAGAGCAGCGAAGAAGAUGAUGAUGACAGGCCCCUCCUGGAUGACACAGACAUUGCUGGUGCACCCACUCAGGCGUACGCACUCAACAGCUCGGUAGACACGGGAGACGAUGAGGAUUCUCUCCCCGACAUCGCCAUGGAGCCUACCCAAGCCUACGUCUUAAACAGCUCACACGAAGAGGACAACUUUGCUGACUGUCCUACCCAAGCUUAUGGCCUGGACAGUGACACAGAUAUAGAAGAAGCUGAUGAUGGAACUUCUGCCCCCACCCAGCCAGUUGAAGGACAUACAUCUGAAAGGAUCACUAAUGGAGACAGGGCAGCUACACAGGAGUGCAGUGAGGAGGAUAUACAUGUACCUACAGACGAGGUCACACAGCCAUUGCAAGACUCCAUUGACAGGAAUGAACCAACUCAAACUGUGGGGGACACCUUACCAUUCACCUCUGCAGACCAGGAGGAACCUCCUCCCACCUUACCUGUCCACCCCCACGAUGAAAUGGAAGGUACCCUGCCUGUUGCAGCCCUAGGGGAUACUGGGAAGGCAGACGAACAGGCAACCCUGAUGAUUCGCAGCGAGGAAGCGACCCUAAGGUCCGAGGGAAGUAACGGAACAAACAAACCACAGCUGAACAAGAACAGAGCAGACAGUUCUCAAGGAUUUGUAACGUCAGAAAACGGCAGUAAACCAAAGGCGUACCCAUACGAUACAGAUUCAGAAACUGAAAAGAACAGGAAUGCUUUUGAGGAAGCUACCCAAGCAUAUGCUCUGGAUGAAGAAGGUAUAGAGGAAGAGAUGACACAAACCAGAGGACAAGAAGAAAGGAAAGAACACCAGAUUGACAAUGCAGAGGAAUCAACUCAAGCAUACAAAAGUGAAGAAGAAACCUUAGAACCAGAGACACAGUCUUUUGAGGAAGGAGAAGAAAAAGGAAAUGAGGAGUCAACCCAAGCUUACAACAGUAAUGAGGAAGACACAGUUGAAGAGACGCAAGCAUCCGGUGAUUCAGACGUUGAACAAGGAAAAGACUCAAACAUCGCAGAAGCAGAGACUCAAGCCUAUGGUGAUGAUGAAGACACUGAUAAAGGAAGAAAAGCCGUCAGCAGUACUGAUGUUGAUGAUGACGACUUUGCCAACAUGGAGACACAGGCCUAUGGAGGGGAGGAUGAGGAGAUGGAUGACUUGGCCAAUGCUGCAACUCAGGCCUAUGGCUUGUUCCAGCAAGAAGAUGAAACACCGGAGACAGAUGAGAUAGCCACUGCUGAGACCUUGGCUUACGGUGAGGAGGACCUGAUGGCGACACAGGCAUGUGGUGUGGACACUGACGAAGAACCAACACAGGCAGAGACAGAAGAGUCCCGAGACAUUGCUGAUUCACCUACCAUAGCUUAUGACGAUCAGCUUGGUGAGACAAACAUUGCUGAAUCACCGACCAUGGCUUACGAGGACCAGCUUGGUGAGACCCAGGCUUAUGGAAUUGAAGAGGAGAAGGAGGAAGUUCAUGAAGAAGAAGAGGUUGUUCCUGAAACACAAGAGGAUGAUGGAGACGCAGCCACACCCAUCCCCCUCCCCCCGCUGAAGUCAGCCCUACACAGUCCUGACCACCCCAGGAGGCAGGUCAACAGGGUCGGCUUUACCGACCGCGUACGGGACGUCGAGCCAGCUGUGGCUCCCGAUGACCAACUUGUGGAGACUCAGGCUUACGGAGUAGCAGAGGAUGAACAGACUGAUGCAGUUGUCAAGGCCACCACUGGUACAACAGAAGUACAGGGUUCAGGACAGGAUGUAGAACCAGCUGCUGCUUCUGAAUCUGACGAUCAGCUUAUGGAAACUCAAGCUUAUGGACUCGAGGAAGGAGAAGAGAAAAGUGCAGUCAACCUGGACACUGAGGAAGAAGAAACAAAGGAGGAGGGUCCAACUGCAGGAGCUAAAGCUCUGAAAGUAGACAAAAGCCAAGAAAUGGAAGAAGAUGUACAAGCAGGAAGCAAAAAAGGAAGGCAGAAACGUGGAGGUAAAAUUCCAUCCGAGGAAAAAACUUCUCCAGAGUUGGAAGACACACUCACAAGGAGGCGUACCAGAGGUCACAAACAAGACGAUUCAGAAGACAAGGAUGGUCCAGCUGUUAGUCUGCCAGCUGAAUCAGCUGCAGAAAAACCAGUAAGGUUGGGACGUGGGAGAAGGUCCGCGCCUCCAAAAGCACCUGUAGAAGGAAAAGGAGCAGAAGAUAAACCUCAGUCUUCCAGGAGAGCUGGCAGGUCCCAGCAAGAAGAAAAUGAGAAGAACGUCCAGGCAGGCAGCAGCAAUAACACCAAGAAACCAAAGACAAAGGGGAGGAAAUCUGAGCCAGCUCCAAGCACAAGCAAAUCUGAUCACAAGGAAGAAUCUACUAAGACUGUUGAUGCAACAGAUGACAACCAAGAGGAGGUACCAGACAGAGUACAAGACAUUGCAGAGGGAGCGACAAUUGGGAGGACAACAAAGAAAGCGCGCGGAAGAAAAUCUGAACCAGCUCCAAGCACAAGCAAAUCCGAUGACAUGGAAGAAACUACUAAUACUGUUGAUGAAACAGAUGACAACCAAGAUACAAACAGUGUACCAGAUAUUGCACAGGGAGCGACAACCGGAAGAACAACAAGGAAAGCGCGUGGAAAGAAAUCUGAGCCAGCGCCUGUAAGCAGUGUUGUAGAAUCAACCACUGCUACAGGUACUAGGGGCAAAGGCAGAAGAAGAAAAGACAAUGACACAGAAAGUGUUGCGUCGGACGUUACAGACGACCUAGAAGAGGCCAGGCCUUCAAGACGAUCAGUAAGAGGCAAGCAGAAAGAAGACUCCAAAGCUAAACAGGGAGGAAAACAGGAAGGUAGAAGGAGAACGAGAGGAAGAGCAGCUAAGGAUGAUGAUGAUGAAGAGACAGGUGAUGGAGAUGAGCAAACUGAUGUGAAUGGUGCUGAAAAUAUUAGCAGUGAUGCUGCAAAGGGUCAGGUUGUAGAGGAAGAUGCAGCUCCAGAACAUUUACCAGCAACCAGACGAGGUAGAGGUAGGAAGAGUGUUGCAGCAUCUACGAGAAGAGGUAAAGCAAGUGCUGUGGAGAAAAGUGCAGAGGACUCCGUGGAAAGUGCAAAGAGUGUUGAAAAUGAAGUGCCAAAGAUAGUUGUAAGUGAAGAAGCCCCUGGACCAAGCGGCAGACAGACAAGAAAAAGGAAAGGAGCAGCUGUCGAAGAAAAUGAGACACACACUGAUGAAGAUAGCAAAGCUCAAGAAGCUGAGGGAAGCCAGAAGACCAAAGGAAAGAGAGGACGACAAGCAUCCAAGGAAGAAACCAAGGAAACAGCAGAAGAGAACAGUCAGCCAAGGGGAAGAGGAAGGAAAAAGACUACAAGUGGACAGAAGAAUGAAGGGGGAGAGGAAAAUACAUUGAGCACUGCAUCACAGUCUACACAGUCCAGCAGUGCCACAGAGAACGCUGAUCUACAGGAAACCACCACAAGCCGCAAACGUGGCAGGAGUGGCCAAAAAUCAGCCGAGAGCGCAGCACCACAAGUCUCAGCUAAACUGACUCCACCUGAAACACCUGCAGUUUUAAGCAGUCCCAGCCAAAGGACCAGGAGGGCUGUCUCAGGGGACAGUAAACCCAGGAUAAUGUUCACUGGUGUGGUGGACAGGCAAGGAGAGAAGAUAGUGAAAGACCUGGGAGGUGAUCUGGUGGACUCUGUCAUUAACUGCACACAUCUGGUGACAGACAAGGUGAGGAGGACAGUGAAGUUCCUGUGUCUGCUGGCACGAGGUCAGCUCAUCGUCAGCACAGACUGGCUGGACAGGUGUAAGGACUGUAGGACCUUCCUAGAUGCUGCUCCCUUCAUGAUAAAGGACCCAGCCACAGAAAAGCAGUACAACUUCAGUCUGGCCACGUCACAUGAGAAGGCACGUGAUGCUCCCAUGUUGGAGGGGUACAGACUACACGUCACUGCUGGGGUGAGACCUGACCCUACACAGAUGAAAGAUAUUAUCAACUGUGCGGGAGGAGAGUUUCUAAAGACGAUGCCGAAAACGCACACAGACGGGACAGUAGUGGUGUCGUGCGAGGCAGACAGGAAACAGUGUGACCCGGCUCUGAAGGCCGGUAUCCCUGUCGUCACUGCAGAGUUCCUCCUCACGGGAAUACUGCGCCAGGAAGUGGAUGUCGAGGCUCACAGACUGUUUGCAGACUUUGACAGAGGUUCCAACAAGAGGAAGAGUACUGCACCGGCUGCUGACACUGGCAAGAGGUCCAGGCGCCGAUAGGUCAUGGUAGUCGUGGCCAGUCCCAGUAUUUAACUCUAUGUGAUACAUGUGCAACAUUUUACUUAGCCAUAUGGUAGUUGAAAACUUCUGUGUCUUUCUCGACUACCUCCAGGGUUCUCACCAGCACAGUUGGACGUAGGGGUCCCUAACCUGUGAUUUGUAUCCCCUAUGCUGUGAUUUGGGCCAUUACACUGUUUCAAUUAAGGGGGUUUUGUUGUUUGGAAACAAAGGUAACAAAUGCUGGCUUUAUUUUAUUAAAUUUGGCUGUCAAAAUGCAUGAAAAGAUGUUUCUGAGUCAUAAAUUAAAAAACAUUUUCAGGGGGAGGAUGCCCCCAGACCCCCCUACAAUGUUCUUACAAAUGUACGUCUUCUACUUUCCAUGUGGCUUCUUUAAGCACUAAGGUGUCCCCUAUGCUGUGAAAAAUCCUGGUGAGAACCAGUGUGACUUUCUUGGUUUUGUAGAUACUGGAAAAUGAAGUAAGGAAAAAAAGACAUCUUCAUGUCAUUGAGAAAUCUGUAGUCAAGUUGAAAGAUAAGAAAAAAGUGUAGUUGUUAAGGUAUUGGUUAAGGUAAACCUUAGGUUUGUAUUGUUUUAAAGUAAUCUGUGGAUAUGCCUGCAUAUUUUAAUAGUAAAGGAAGCAUUCCAAAAGGUCAGAUGUUCCAAAUAUACAUGUUUCCACAUUCCGAGCCACAUUCCACUUGCUCAGUCUACAGCUUUUUACAAUGUUUUGUUUGGAGUUAUGACACUGACAUAAGUUUUUAAGAAUCGUACCUUACUUGGAAGAUACUCACAUAGUACUAUCCACUCUGUAUAUACCUGCUCAACUAAAGCAAGCAGUCAUAGAAGUUACAAGGCAUAUGCAUGUAUUUUUUAAUCACUUGGGUUUCAUAACAAACAUCACUGUGACAACAUACAGUGUAUUUGAUACAUAUAGUCUCAGUAAAAUAACUCUUUAGAAUAGCA